CCUCUUUCAGAUAUGAGUCUUAGGGGUCAAGAAAACGAGGCUUUGCAGAUUUGGAGAAGAAAGUGAAGUAGUUAAAUCCCACCUUUAUUAGCUUGCUCCCAAGUUUGAAUAUUCUAAAACUACUAUGCUUCAUAACGUCUGCUUACCUGUCUUAUCAUGACUAUCUUGAGACGGCUAGUCUCGAAUGUACACUCUCUAAUCCUACGCACUUAUCCUGAACCACUAACAUGUUAUAACAUAUGUAAUAAUGGGUAUCUGGAAGCACAGAGAGUUGGGAAGGUUCCAGCUUUAUGUGCUUCUGGUUCGAACUUCUUGACUUAUUAUGAUUCGUGCCAACAGUGUAUUAACGAGGUUGGAAUAAGCUGGACAGAAUAUCUCCCGCCCUUGACAGAAUAUGUCGACUAUUGUAACUCGACUAAUCCGAAUCAGUUAAAUCAAACAGCAACUGAUUUAUCCUAUUCUGUUAUACCGACAACAAUAUCUUCUCCAGUGACAACCGGUGAUAUCUUAACAACCUGGUUGUUUACCACGAGUGUCACUAUAUAUCCACCAGUGCCUUCUACUACAGUUGUUCAAAUCGCACAAACUGUAAACGGGAAACCAACCACUUACACCUUCACAACCACAUAUGCAAAUUUGCCAAUUGGUGGAGCUGAGGUCACUAAUGGCACAAGUACCCCGCCUCCAACACCCAGUCCAGAUCUAGCAGCACCUAUAAGUCAUUCAAGCCAUCCAACCCGCGCUUGGAUUGCUGGUCCUGUUGCUGGUGGCGUAGUUGCAGUUUCAAUCGUCAUGUUAGGAUCUCUCUUCCUCUGGCGUCGUAAUAGAAAGAGGCGUCAACCUUCAGCUGAACUUGAGGCACGCGGAAUCAUGGAAGAAAAAUCGGAAUUAGAAGCCCCAAACUAUCCGCAAGAGCUCAAUGCGGUCAACACGAGAGCAUUACAUGCAGACGCACCUCAUGAACUAGAAGCGAAUAGAUGAUUCGAGAAACCAAGCUUGCAUGGAAGGCUGAAGGCUUGUUGUUCAAGAUACUGGCCUUCAUAGAAAGAUGCCAGAACUCGGUGUGCUGAUGAUCGGAUAUUAGACAUAGGGACUAGAAGAUGGCAGGGGAAUUAAGGGGCUUUCAUACAGCGGUUAACUAGGUACUAGGUAGGUACCUUCCUACCUAGACUAAGGAACCAAACAGAAUUCAUAAUAGACCAACACUCUUUUCCGAUCAAAACUAUCAAAUUUACAUAUAGAAACAUAAAAGCAUCUUAUAUAAACCGGCAUUUCAACCCGAUGCGAUGGAACCGUACGUAGGGAUCUGAGAUUGAAUUGAAUUUAGACGAUUCGAGCCAUCUCUAUUACUCCGUUACAUUCGACACUUGGCUAUCCUGGAUGGAUAC